AUAUUUGAAUCUUCCCCAAGAAGAAGUGACCGCAUAGACACAGGUGAAUGGCUUUGCUUCUAUCACAUUAAUUUAUGUGCUGUUUUCUCACUCUAGUCGGCCUAGGUUCAACCCUAGUCGGCGCCAUCGGUAUUUCUGAGACAAAAAUAUCUGAUCGCACUUUCCAUCGGGUAGGAAGUAAAGCGGUAGGUCCCGGCCCAUGUGCUGAUGGGUUUGAUAUGUAAGGCCCAAGGUGUGGUGUGGUGGUUGUCUCCCUGGGUGUCGAAGUUUAGGGCUUAGCUCCUUGACCCAACCGACGCGACGUAAAAACACAACUGUCGUCGAACUAUGCUAGUUGGCCAGAAAAAAAGAAGAAGAAAGUGUUGUUUCCGCCUCUAAGUUGGCAACCUCUGAAUAGAUUUUUCUUAGCCAACCUUUCGGUCAUUGUGAUACAUAUUGACAACUUCAUCAGGAACUCAUUUACUGUUGCACCUAAAUGUCCAAAUCAAAGAUCCAAAAUCGAACCUUUUGUCUCUCUAAUAAGUUCGUCCAAGAUCCUUUAAAUUAGUUAUAACUAACUCUCGAGGCAAACGUCGUAUUGUCUACCUACUGCGUUUUUGACAUGCAGAUCUGAAGGAAAAUGGCCCGCAAAAUGGAAUAUCAAAUUUUUCUGUUUUCGUUACUUUCACGGUUUAGUUUCACAACUAUUUAUUCAUUCGAACACUGUAGACUAGACUAGACGACUAGACAAUUAUUUAUUCAUACGAACACGUUGGAACCCUGAACGAAUGCAACGAUGAAAGAAUGUAAACCUGAUGAUUCGUUCUCCCGGUAAAUCGUGACAUACAAACACUAUUCCAUUUUUCUUUAUAUACAUAGAUAGAUACAAAUUUGAUCAAUAUAACACAAACAUGAGCAAAUUUGUAAUUUGUAAUUUAUAGACUUAAAUUUGAAAAAGGCGUAACAAGCAUUAAGAAUUUCUGCUUCAUCUGUUCCUCCUGAGUGUAUUUCCCAUUAUUCAUGUAAUCUCUGACCAGUAACAGGUAGAGCAGAUUCACCUCCAUUUCCAUGAUAAGUUUGCAUAAAUAGUCAAGGAAUAAACCGUUUUUAAAUUCAUUUCAGCUGUUCCUGCCAACCAUCACAGUUAGCACCGGAGACUAAACCAGCUGAUAAACAAUCGUCAUACCAUGAAAUCGUUACAUGCAUGUUAAUUAUGUUUGAGUAUUCAAUAAAUAAAGAGUUUGGAUAGGGGGAGGGGGGGGGGGGGGGGGGUGACGAUAAUGUCGCCAGAAACUGCAACACAUCCGAAUUAACCCAAGUGAAUAACCUAUUUAACGUAUCGCUAGGGACGCUUAAAGCAACAGGAGAACAAAAUAAUCACCUUGUCCUCUUAAUUUACGAAGUGAUGCAAGAAAUUAUUUUUUGAAAAUGGUAGCGGUAGCUUUUACCUAAAACUUUACCAAGUCCUCUAAAGUUGUUUAGUGACACACAAUCAGUACAGGUUCACCAAGUCCUCCGAAGUUGUUUGGUGACACGCAAUACAUCUGCUUCAAAAUUAGAUCAAUUUGCUUUCUGGUUAUUCGUCCAAGUCAUCAGAACGUCGAGAAAAAGGUUCACCAAGUCCUCCGAAGUUGUUUUGGUGACACACAAUACAUCUGCUUUGAAAUUAGAUCAAUUUGCUUUGUAGUUAUUCAUCCUAGUCAUCAGAAUGUCGAGGAAAAGGUUCACCAAGUCCUCCGAAGUUGUUUGGUGACACGCAAUACAUCUGCUUCAAAAUUAGAUCAAUUUUCUUUCUGGUUAUUCGUCCAAGUCAACGUCGAGAAAAAGGUUCACCAAGUUCUCCGAAGUUGUUUGGUGACACGCAAUACAUCUGCUUCAAAAUUAGAUCAAUUUGCUUUCUGGUUAUUCGUCCUAGUCAUCAGAACGUCGAGAAAAAGGUUCACCAAGUCCUCCGAAGUUGUUUGGUGACACACAAUACAUCUGCUUUAAAAUUAGAUCAAUUUGCUUUGUAGUUAUUCGUCCUAGUCAUCAGAAUGUCGAGGAAAAGGUUCACCAAGUCCUCCGAAGUUGUUUGGUGACACGCAAUACAUCUGCUUCAAAAUUAGAUUAAUUUGCUUUCUGGUUAUUCGUCCUAGUCAUCAGAAUGUCGAGGAAAAAGUUCACCAAGUCCUCCGAAGUUGUUUGGUGACACGCAAUACAUCUGCUUCAAAAUUAGAUCAAUUUGCUUUCUGGUUAUUCGUCCAAGUCAUCAGAACGUCGAGAAAAAGGUUCACCAAGUCCUCCGAAGUUGUUUGGUGACACGCAAUACAUCUGCUUCAAAAUUAGAUCAAUUUGCUUUCUGGUUAUUCGUCCAAGUCAUCAGAACGUCGAGAAAAAGGUUCACCAAGUCCUCCGAAGUUGUUUUGGUGACACACAAUACAUCUGCUUUAAAAUUAGAUCAAUUUGCUUUGUAGUUAUUCAUCCUAGUCAUCAGAAUGUCGAGGAAAAGGUUCACCAAGUCCUCCGAAGUUGUUUGGUGACACGCAAUACAUCUGCUUUAAAAUUAGAUCAAUUUUCUUUCUGGUUAUUCGUCCAAGUCAACGUCGAGAAAAAGGUUCACCAAGUUCUCCGAAGUUGUUUGGUGACACGCAAUACAUCUGCUUCAAAAUUAGAUCAAUUUGCUUUCUGGUUAUUCGUCCUAGUCAUCAGAACGUCGAGAAAAAGGUUCACCAAGUCCUCCGAAGUUGUUUGGUGACACACAAUACAUCUGCUUUAAAAUUAGAUCAAUUUGCUUUGUAGUUAUUCGUCCUAGUCAUCAGAAUGUCGAGGAAAAGGUUCACCAAGUCCUCCGAAGUUGUUUUGGUGACACACAAUACAUCUGCUUUAAAAUUAGAUCAAUUUGCUUUGUAGUUAUUCAUCCUAGUCAUCAGAACGUCGAGAAAAAGGUUCACCAAGUCCUCCGAAGUUGUUUGGUGACACGCAAUACAUCUGCUUCAAAAUUAGAUCAAUUUGCUUUCUGAUUGUGGUGCCUGUGUGCAGGCCUGAUAUUAUAUGCUGAUGUAAUGGGGUCUGGGGACGGCCCUGUGUUGGGCUGUCAGAAUACCAAGUGGACUCGAGAUUAACGUGUGUACAAAAGUGGAGAAAUAAAAAAAAUUAAUUUGUUAGUAAAAUACAUUUAAUUAUUGAUUUGCUAUUCGGAGUAUCACAUUGGCGACGAGGAGUUGCGGCAGGUAAAGAAACAAAUGUAUUUUUAUGGUUUUAAACUUAAAUUUUCAGUGGCUUUAAAGAAGCCACCUUAUUUGUGAGGUUAAGUAUUUGAUAAAUUUUUCCUUGCUUAGUCGCAGAAAGAUAGCCGUCGCAGUACCGUGGACUGUUGAUCGAGGCAGUCAAUGAACGGAGAAAAACAAAACAUAAACAGAGAGAGAAAAUCGCAGAGGCAAACACAAAAAAAAAACAUCGCAAAGGGGAACGUACACAAAAGGCCGCAGAGGCGGACACGUUACUGAUUGCAGAGCGUGGAAUAAACAUUCGAUAGGCUGGCGACGAGUAGCGACUGCUUCAAUGCAGUGAUAAUUGGUCGAAAUAGAAGACAGAGGUCAACAAAAACAAACUGCCAGAGGGCAAUAUUCGAGAAGAAAACGAAAAUGGAGAAGUGGGAUAUUCCCCAAUUUAAGUUCAAAUCGCUUCCCCGCAACACCGUUCGGAACGAGUGGAUCAAGUAUAAAAGGAAUCUUGAUUAUAUCAUCGCUGCUAGGGGCUGUCCAUUAAUUACGUAAGGGAAAUUUUACGAUUUUUCGACACCCCCACCCCCCCUUGUAAGAUUUUUUGUAUGAGAACCCAAAUAUUUUUGUAUGGCGCGUAAGAUUUCUCUAACCCUCCCUCCCCCAAUAAACCCUUACGUAAUUAAUGGACAGCCCCCUACGGGAGAAACUGAUCGCACACGAAUCAAAAACAUCUUUCUGGCGAAAGCUGGAUUAGAUCUACAGGAGGUGUUUGUUUCUAUUCCCGGUGCAGAUGUCCAGGAGGACGAAGAGAAAACGAUCGAUCCGUUUGCUGUCGCAAUCAGCAAACUUGAUGAUUAUUUUUCGCCCAAACAACAUGAGACGUUUGAGCGGAACAUUUUUUGGACUCUUAAGCCGGAAGUGGACGAAUCAUUAGGAAAGUUCAUGCUCCGAUGUCAAGACCAAGCUGCCAAGUGUAACUUCGGUAACAAUGCAGAAGAAAGUCGUGCCAUCAGUGUAGUUGACAAAAUAAUCCUAUACGCUCCGAGUGAUCUCAAGGAACAGCUGCUUCAAAAGACUGUUUCGAAGUUGGAUGACGUCACCAAUAUUGUCAGCUCGUACGAGUCGGUCAAAUCGCAAGCACAAUCCAUCAGUCUUCCGGGGGCAAGUUCUGGCGAUUCGGUUCCCAGUUCGUCGUGGAACGUCAAUAAAAUCAAACAGUUGCCUAGCAAAGAAUGCACACGCUGUGGACGGAGCGGCCAUUCCGCGAACGAUUCUAUUUGCCCGGCGAGAUCCAAAGAGUGUAUUAAAUGCAAACGCAUCGGACAUUUUGCUGCGCAGUGCCGAUUACUUCCUACACUGAAGCGUAAACAGUUCACGAAGCAGGAAUCACGGUGGCCAGCUAAGAGGUUCAAGCCACACCAGGUUAAUGAGAUUGAGACAAAGGACGAUAAGGAGGAUAAAACGUUCCUGUUCAGCAUUAGCGACGGCGGUGAGGCGAUCCGGAUCAAAUUAGGCGGAGUAGUAUUACAAGUACUCGUGGAUUCUGGAUGCAAGAAAAACAUUGUCGACGAACGGUCAUGGAGUUACAUCAAAGCGAAUGGAGCAAAGAUAUGGAACCAAACAAAGAACUGCGAAGAAGUGUUUCUACCAUACGGAGAAAAUGCGAAACCGUUGACUCUGUUGGGGAAGUUGGAUACAACCGUAUCAAUCGAAGACGGCGGGGAAAUCAUCGAGAGGACCGCUACAUUUUAUGUGGUCAAAGGAGGUCAGCAGUGUUUGUUGGGUAGGAUCACAGCCACGUCACUGGGAGUCUUGUUCGUCGGAUUACCGAGUACCCACGGGGUGAACGCGAUAAAUUCUACAGGUAUUCAGCCGUUUCCUAAGAUCAAAGGUAUUCAGGUAAGCGAUUGAACUGACUAACUCUAUUAAGGAGAUUUUCAACCAUGAGUUGGUUCAUCUCCGUUUCAGGUAAAAAUACCGAUAAAUGAAUCUGUUUCCCCGGUCUGCCAGCAACCUAGAAGGCCUCCUAUUGCGUUGAUGACAAAAAUCGAAGAUAAGUUGAACUCGUUGUUAGCCAGUGAUAUCAUUGAGCCCGUCGUGGGUGGUUGUCCUUGGGUUUCGCCUCUUGUAACUGUUGUAAAGGACAAUGGGGAUCUUCGCUUGUGCGUUGAUAUGCGCAGGGCAAACGCAGCAAUAGUACGGGAACGACACAUUAUGCCAACAAUAGAAGAUUUCUUACCCAGGUUCACUUCCGCGAAGUGGUUCAGCCGACUCGAUGUUAAAGAGGCCUUUCAUCAAGUCGAACUGGACAGUGAGAGUCGCUAUAUAACAACGUUUAUAACGCACAUGGGCCUAUUUCGAUACAAGCGUCUGAUGUACGGCAUAGCAUGUGCUCCAGAGCUAUUUCAAAGAAUCCUUGAGCAGAUUCUUAGUCCUCACAGCAAGAAUGUAGUUAGCUUCAUAGAUGACGUUCUUAUUUUUGCCAGGACGGAACAAGAACACGAUGAAGUUCUCAAAGCGGUCUUGUCAACGCUAAGUGCAUAUGGGAUUUUGUUGAAUCAGAGUAAGUGUGUGUUCAAGGUAUUAGAAUUAGAUUUCUUGGGACAUGUCAUAUCCCCAGAUGGCAUCAGACCAUCGCACAGUAAAGUUGAAUCUCUUCUAAAAUUUCGUGCACCUGCUACCUCGGAGGAAGUCCGCAGCUUCUUGGGCUUGGUAACAUAUAUUGGCCGAUUUCUGCCUGAUCUAGCCACGAUCACUGCUCCGCUUCGAGAAUUGACCCAUUCUGGAGUCCGGUUCACCUGGGGCGAAGAACAACAGGCAUCGUUUGAAAGGCUUAAACAGCUGAUAGGAAAUGUCCAAAACUUGCGGUUUUUCGAUAACAAACUGCGGACAAGGGUCGUCGCGGAUGCCUCGCCGGUGGCUCUAGGGGCGGUUCUUUUACAAUUUGAUGGACCUACUGAUGAUGACCCUCGACCGAUCGCGUAUGCAAGUAAAAGUCUGACUACGACGGAGAAACGCUACUGCCAGACAGAAAAAGAAGCCCUUGCGUUGGUCUGGGCGGUGGAGCGCUUUUCUGUCUACCUUUUGGGACGCACGUUUGAAUUGGAAACGGACCAUAAGCCUUUGGAAGCUAUUUUUAAGCCAACUUCUAGACCAUGUUCGCGGAUUGAAAGGUGGGUGCUCAGGCUACAGUCGUUUUCAUUUGUGGUGAAGUAUCGUAGUGGUACUGGCAAUGUGGCGGAUCCAUUAUCGCGGUUGGUAGAAGCGCAGCAGCCGGAAGAGUUUGAUGCGGAGAGUAAGUUCAUGGUACUCGCAGUUCUAGAAUCAGCAGCAGUUGAUGUCCAGCAGCUCGAGGAGAUGUCCAAUACUGACGCCACAUUAGAGGUCGUGAAGCAGUGUUUACGUACUGGAAAUUGGGAAGCACAGGAGGCCAAAGCUUUCUCUCCGUUUAAGAACGAACUAGGGUUCGUUGGCGACCUGCUAGUCAGAGGAAACAAACUGAUAGCACCGGAUUGCUUGAGAUCGCGUAUGCUGGACCUGGCUCAUGAGGGCCACCCUGGCGAAUCUGUAAUGAAGAGGCGACUGCGUGACCGAGUGUGGUGGCCGGGGAUGGACCGUGAUACGGAGAAACGAGUCAGGACAUGUGAAGGAUGCAGACUAGUGAGCAUGCCGAAUAAACCGGAGCCAAUGAGUCGUCGAGAGAUGCCUGCGAAGCCGUGGAUUGAGUUGGCAAUUGACUUCCUUGGACCUUUGCCGUGUGGAACCUACUUACUAGUUAUAAUCGACUACUUCAGUCGUUACAAGGAAGUCGAGCUAAUGUCAAGAAUAACAGCUAAGGAGACGGUUGAAAGGCUUGACAGAAUUUUUAGUCGUCUUGGUUAUCCACAAACUAUCACAUUGGACAAUGCGAAACAGUUUGUAGGAACCGAGUUAGAAGAAUACAGUACAAUGAAAGGUAUCACUCUCAGACACUCUACUCCGUAUUGGCCGCAGGAGAACGGUUUAGUGGAGCGCCAGAAUCGUUCUCUCCUAAAACGCCUACAAAUCAGCCACGCACUAGGCAGAGACUGGCGGCGGGAUCUUCGUGAAUAUCUGAUGAUGUAUUAGAUAAUACUUCUAGUGAUAAAUGAUACAGGAUACGAACAAUCCAAGAUUGCCUUUGCUCUUGCAGUAGCAUGAUGCCGAUACCCUCGCCCCGUGCUUGUAUCAUGGGAUCACAGGCAAUCAAAGCAUCUGAUGCACGCUUUAUCAUGGGAUCACGCGUUAUCGGAUCAUGUUACAAGUCGCGAUAAAUUUUUAUUCAUCACGAUCUUAACCACUUAUGGACCAAUGAACAGAAUUCAUUAUUGAAAACAA